AUGCCGUCACCUAUCCGAGCAAAGCACUUGGUGCCAGGCGACAAGAUUGCAUUUAUAUCACCAUCAGAACGGAUCAACAGCACCCUCCCAGCUGUGAUAGACCGAGCCUCUGGCGUCCUCUCAAACAAAGGAUUUCAAGUUCAGACAUUCUUCAACGAAGACAAAGGAAUUCAAUCAUGCAUCGAGAACCGACUGUCUGAAAUCCGCGCAGCUUUCUCAGACCCUAGCAUCUCUGCCGUUAUCACCACCAUUGGAGGCACAACUUUCACAGAGCUUCUUCCUGCCUUGAUCGCCGACAAGGAACUGCAUGCCAUCAUCCGUGCCAACCCCAAAGUCGUGGUUGGAUACUCGGACAUCACAGGCUUGCAUUGGUUCUUGUACGCCAUGACAGGUCUGCGCACAUUCUAUGGCCCCGGUGCUGUUCCUGAGAUUGGCGAACCAAACGAUAUCAACGAUAAGAAUACUCCACUCUCGUUUUGUGUGGAUAACCUGCUGCGCGCGAUUGCAUCUCCCGAGCCGCUGGGUCAGCUUCCACGAUCACUGUACUACGCACCAAGGGGAGCACCUUUCUUCCAAGAUGCGACAUCAACAGAACCUCCAGCGGUCGUCAAGACAAGUGAAUGGCAGUGGUUGAGAUCUGGAAAAGCUCAGGGCAGGUUGUUUGGAGGAUGCCUCACUGUUGUCGCACGCUUAGGUGGUAUCCCAGCCAUCGUCCCCGACUGGCGAGGACGAAUUGUUUUUCUUGAGACGGCCACAAACGAAGACGGCUCAGGUGGAAAUCCUCCUCACAGAGUCCAGGCAGCAUUUGCAGACUUGAUUGCCCAAGGCGUGUUUGAAGAAGCGGCGGGUUUGGUUGUAGGAAGACCAUACGGUUAUGACUCGGAUGAGGACAGGGAGACUUAUGCUGGUAUUAUCAAGGGGCUUUUGUGCGAGGGACGACUUGCGUUUAAGAAGUUCCCCAUUCUCUUCAACGUAGACAUUGGGCAUACUGUACCGAUGUUGACGCUGCCUUAUGAUGCCUUGGCUGAGCUUGAUUCUGAGACUGGAACUUUUACUGUACUGGAGUCGGGAGUGGAGUAA